UGCUUCUAAAGUAGCACCGAGUGAACCGGAUGUUGUGUGAAUGACCGCUGUAGAUGGAGCUCCACGUGUCGCUGUGAAAGCUAGUUAUUAGUUAUUAGUUCAUAUCUUUAAGGACAUGUUGUUUUACCGGGCUGGAGCUCAUUAACUGAACUCUAUAGUCUGUGUUUGUGUUUACUGAAGCGUUAUUUAUAUUCAUGUAGUAACAUUGAGGAGAUGAUGAAGAUGUCUCUGAGCAGGUUGUUGUUGGGUCACAUUCAACGAGCUCGUCUACCUGCAGCGACAAACCAGACAGCUCGGUGUCUGAGUCAGGCAGCCUCUCAGCCGGAACCGAGCUCAGAUGAGAACGAAGAGGUGAACCCGACCUUUGAGAACAGAAACCCCCGGAACCUGGAGCAGCUGGCUCUGGCUGUGAAGGACCGCGGCUGGAGGACGAUCUGGCCUCACCGGGAGUUCUACCACAGGUUAGAGUUUUCUCGCUCUCAGCAUCACGCGACGGCACACGUGUUCUCCAGCAGCUCUCCCGUCCCGGUGCUCUCCUGCUCCACUAAGGAGUGGGCGCUGAAGAAGGAGCUGGCUUCCACCAGCUGCGUGGCGGCGAGUCAGGCCGUGGGCGAGGUGCUGGCACAUCGAUGCCAGCAGGCGGGCAUCACCAGGAUGGUGUACAGGGCGAUUCCCUGGACGUACCGCUCUGAUGCUGUUCAGUCGUUCAGGAGAGCUCUGAAAGAGGGAGGAAUCACCCUCAGUGAACCCAGAAGGAAAUACAUCGGUACCGGUUAGGUGUCAUCUAUCACAUCUGUUAUUCAGUAAAAAUGUCCUCUGUAUUCGUUACUCUCUGCUCUUCUGUGAAUUAUGACUAUACGGUUAUUAAGAUGACAAUAUAGAGAGAAAUGAGUGAUGAAAGUAAGGUUGCUUAUCCCUGUGUUAGUUUAAACUUGCACUAAUAGUGCCCUGAUAUCUGCCCUACACCUCAAAGCAAUGUGAAUAUCAAAAUAUGUAUUUAUAAAAAUACGAGAGGCUUUAAAAUUCAAAGUGGUCGUAGGCAGAAAUUUCACACAGAUACCUUUUGAAAAGAAAGUUACUCUUACCUAAUAAGGUUAUUACGUUAUGAUGGUAUGUUGGCACAGUUCAUUGAUUAAGAAACUUUGUACACAAAAAUCAAUAAAGUUGGUGCAGUAAAGCA